AUGCUUAGACAUCCAGCUGACUCUCCGCAGUGGAGAUUUAUUGAUGGAAAAUUCCCGGACUUUGCCCAAGAAAAGCGUAAUUUACGCCUUGCAUUGUCUACGGAUGGGUUCAAUCUAUUCGGUUCCUUGAGUAACACAUAUAGCACAUGGUCAGUUAUGCUAGUGACCUACAACUUACCUCCUUCAUUGUGCAUGAAGAGAAGGUAUAUGUUCUUGUCGUUGUUAAUUCAAGGUCCAAAGCAACCGGGCAAUGACAUCGAUGUGUAUUUGACUCUAGUUAUUAAUGAUUUGAUUAUGCUUUGGGAAGAAGGUGUUGAAGUGUUUGAUGCUUAUCGCAAUGAGAAUUUUAAUUUGACAGCAAUGCCAUUUUGUACUAUCCAAGAUUUUCCGGCGUAUGGCAACCUUUCGGGGUACACAGUGAAGGGGAAAACAGCUUGUCCCAUCAGUAUGGAAGAUUGCAAGGGAACGUGGUUAAAUGUAUCUAAAAAGCAUGUCUAUCCGGUUCAUCGCCAGUUUUUGCCGCCUAAUCAUCCAUAUUGUAGGAGAAAGAAUGUGUUCGAUGGGCAGCAAGAGUUUAAAGGGCGAUCAAAAGUCAUCUUAGGUGAAAAGAUAUUCGAUAAGGUGAAAAAUAUUGACAUCAAAUUUGGCAAGAAACAUAAAUCGGCCCUUUCUACGCAGGGGUUCAAAAAGUGUUCAGUUCUUUGGCGGCUUCUUUAUUGGAAACAUCUUUUUGUGAGACAUUCAUUUGAUGUAAUGCAUAUUGAGAAGAAUGUGUGUGAUAGUUUGAUUGGUACCUUAUUGAAUAUCGAUGGUAAGACUAAAGAUGGCAAAAAAGCGAGGGAUGACUUGAAGGAUAUGGGGAUUAGAGGUGAACUCCAUGCUAUUGAUAAUGAUAUAGGUCGAACAUACUUGCCUCCUGCUGCUUUCACUUUGUUAAGAAAAGAGAAAAUCGAAUUUUGUGAAAGCUUGGCAAGAGUGAAAGUGCCCGAGGGUUAUUCUUCUAAUAUUCGCAACCUUGUGAAUAUGGAAACCUUGAAACUUGUAGGCCUAAAGUCACAUGAUUUCCAUGUUUUGAUGCAACAGUUAUUACCUGUGGCGAUUUGCUCAAUUUUGCCUAAAGAUGUUCGAUUUGCAAUUAUCAGACUAUGUGGAUUUUUUCAUGCGAUUUAUAGCAAAGUCAUUGAUCCUAAAGAGUUGACUACUUUGAAGAAUGAAAUUAUUGUUUUAGUUUUGUGUCAAUUAGAGAUGUACUUCCCUCCAUCAUUUUUCGAUGUUAUGGUUCAUUUACCAGUCCACUUAGUUAGAGAGAUAAGAUAUUGUGGACCGGUUCACAUGAGAAAUCAGUGGUGUUUUGAGAGGAAAAUGAAAACCUAUAAGGGAUUUGUGAAGAAUGCUUUUCAUCCGGAAGGUUGUAUAGCUGAACGACUGUUUUAUGAAGAAGUUCUUGCUCAUACCGGUGACUUUUUUUAG